GUUUAUUUACCCUUUUAUCAGCGCUAGUAUCAGUGUAUACGUUGUCUCAGACCAUUUUGUAUUGCUCAGACUCGUCACUGUGCACUUGUUUACAUGCAUUUCCUGAUGCCUAAGAACACUUCCGGUUUGUCGAAGGAAAGGUCUGCGACGUAAAGUAGUUCCUUGCUAAUCGUCACACACGAAUUACUGUGCGAGUUACUAAGAACUGAUUAUAGUAUAGUUCGUUAACCUUUUGUAUUUGUAUAGUUAGGGUAAUCUGAAAUGUGAGUGUGUCGGGUAUUUGAGAUGACGAGCCGUGAUAUUCUUGCGCCGGUACGAUUCUCGGCGGGAACAGCAUGGCGCACCUGGCUUGUGCCAUGGUUUUCAUUUGUUCUACGAUACUAUAAAAUUUAUCGAUAAUUCUCCGAACCCCAUAAUGCCGCACGAGUUUUUACGACACCAUAGCAACGAGAUCGUCAACAAAUAAAGAUUAAAGAAAGUAAACGUGGUGCCCGUACUGAUAUAAAACGGUGUUGUUAGCAUUCUUUGGAAGUGGGUGGUUCGCGAGCAAUUACAGUAAAAACUCCAGGUAUUGAAAAUGAAUGAAACUAGUCUCAGCUGGUGAACUCCGUUGCCUCAUACCGACCGUUUAAAGACGAACAUUGUGUAACGGAGUGAAUUCAAGUUUCUGGACGUACAAUAAGCACUGUAAGCUCGUUGUCAUUCUGCAGUGCUUAUUUAUUCGUUGUCCGGAGAACAACACGGUGUUCCUCCCACAUGGUGCAAGUAGAUCCAGAGCGUAAAAUUGAACGGCGUGUCAGGAUCAUGGCUGGCGGACUUCCCUCAAUGCACACGGCAGAGAAGUUUCAACUCGACAAUACUUCCAGAGUGAUCUUCCUUCAUUCAGCUGUCUUCGCCUAGAUACAAACAGGUCAAGAGCGUAACGGACCUAGCUGCCGAAGAGACGGCAUCAUCUCACACGUGUCAUCGUUGAAGUUCAGAACUAUCGGUAUCGAAUAAUUCAAGUACUGAUCUCAAGAGAAAGAUUGUACGGAACUCGGUUAUUCAUGCAUGUGUACGCCAAUGUAUGUUUGUGAGUUUAUUCUUUCAAGUGUUUUCCAGUACGUAUAGAAAUUACGGUCGCGGUUACAUUUGUACCGGUACUUAUAUAGUAUGUUGUAUGUUGGUUGACUGGGUGAGUUAACGAGAAAUCAUACACACGUCAUCCCAUACAUGUACAUGUAUCAUCGUUAUUCGCAUGUGCAAUUAUCUGUGAAUAUUGCUGUUAAUAAUUUGUAACCAUACCAUUUGUCGCAACGGGCGGCAAUUACCACAGACGUCCCCUUUCCACCUUCGUCCGUUAGUAUGUCAGAUGAAGGGGAGGUACAUUCAGCGUCUGAGGUAAAUGACGGGUUGGUGACCGCAAAUGUUGCUACCCUAGCUGGGCAUGACACAAACUCUUGUCCUGACUUUCCAACAAAUACAGAAUUAUCGGGGGUCCCCAACCAAGACUCAUUGACUAGUGUAAGGCAAAGGGUGCCUAGUGAUAAAUUUGCAAGCUGGCAAACUGAUCAGAAUAAGCGAAAUUUCCGUUCUGCUAUCUCAGCAUGGCGCAAGGGUGCAUCAAGAGCUGAGUUGACAUUGUCUGAGUCGCAAGACAUCUCUGCCCUGAAGCGAGAAUGUGAAAGGUUAGGUACGCUAAUGAAUGAAGUCUCUCAUCGAUUCGAGCGUUAUGAGACCUUGGUCGUUCCUGAAGAACACGACAUGGUGUGCCAGAGAUAUGAUGAGAUAGAAAAGGAAAAUCUUUUGUUGACAAGACAACUCGCCGGGACUAUUAGAGAGAUUAGGGGUGACUCUGAGGAUACACAAUCAAGGUUGUCUAGCAAAAGUCGAGCAUCAGGAAUUUCAAACAUUUCUAGAGUUUCGUCCGUCUCGAGGCGGUUAGAUGCGGAAGCUGACAGAGCUAUGCUGAAGGCUAAGCUUCAACAUAUGGUGCUUGAGGAUCAAACUAGACUUGAACUUGAGCAGAAGAAAGCCGAGUACUUGAGAGCUAAGACACUUACGGAAUUGGGCAUGGCAGAAGCAAGGCUGGAGACAAUAGUUAAGGAAGAAGAAUUCAGCUCUCCUCUACCUGGUGAGCCGACGACCAGCGCAGAAAAUGUCAUUCGUUACUUGCAAUCUCAACCUAAAUCACCUAUAUGUUCUUCGUUUCCUGUCAAUGACGACGGGGUGGGACCCACGCAAGUUUCCGCUACUCGACAAAAGGGACCUGCCGCUGCUCAACAUGUGCCUUAUAAUAGUCAGCCUUCUGAUUCGGGUGCUAGGCAUGUCGACUCCACUCUUGAUGCCAAUGUCAAGGAGUGGAAACCCUUGGAGCCUAAAAAUGACAUCACAGCCUUUGCAGAGGCGCUGUCAGCCUCUAUCGGCUUAAGCAGGCUCCCAGUGCCAGAGCCACCAGUUUUUCAAGGUGAUCCUCUAGAGUACCCCGACUGGGAAGCGUCCUUUGCCGCUCUGAUAGAAAGUAGAGGAAUUCCAGUGCAAGAACGAAUUCACUAUCUGAAAAGAUACCUAUCGGGUCCAGCCAAAGAAGCGGUAAAUGGGUAUUUUUUGCUGAAAAGCGAGAAUGCGUUUGAGAAGGCCAAGAGCGUCUUGCAGAAGCGAUAUGGUAGCCCCUUUGCAGUUUCAGAGGCAUUUCGAAGGAAGUUGGAGUCUUGGCCAAGAAUCCAGCCCAGAGACGGCAGGGGACUCCAAAAAUUCUCGGAUUUUCUCCAACAGUGUGAGAUGGCAAUGGCAGACAUAGAGAGCCUAACUAUCCUGAACGACAACCGUGAAAACAGGAAACUUCUCCAAAAGCUACCCGACUGGAUUGUUACUAGGUGGGGAAGACUUGUGUCUAGAGAAAGGGACUCAACGGGUACAUACCCAAAGUUCAGUAGCUUUGCGAAAUUUCUGGCCGAAGAGGCAGAAAUUGUCUGCGACCCGGUAGUCUCCUUAGAAUCCUUGAGAUCCACGCAAAGUUUACAGGGAUGCGAAAGGACAACCAUCUCGAGGAAGAGUAACGGAGCUCGUUCACUCGCAACAGAAACAAAGGAAUUAAGGGGAAGCUGCGAGACAAAGAACAGAGGUACGACACCCACCACAGUAAAGGAGGAUAUCAAGCGGCCUGUCUGCAGUCUCUGUGAAAAGGAUCACACUCUGGCAGCCUGCACUGAUUUCCACAAAAAAUCAAUGGAUGAGAAGAGGGAGCAUAUAAAACAGAGAAAGCUCUGCUUCGGGUGCCUUAGGAAAGGGCACUUUACUAAGGACUGCCGCAACAGACAUACGUGUUGGAAAUGUAAGAAGAAGCAUCCGACGUGUCUGCAUGAAGAAAGAGGUGAGGGACCUCAACCUAUACAUGAAGGUUCUAUAGAGAAGACCGCAACCAACUUUAACGUAAGGAAUACUGGAACGUCAACGGCUAUGAUCGUGCCAGUUUGGGUCUCGUCGGUCAAUAAGCCGGAAGCUGAAAUCUUGAUAUAUGCAUUGUUGGAUACCCAAAGCGACACUUCCUUCAUCUUGGAUGAAACCAGCAAAGCCUUAGAUGUUUCAAGAGAUCCCAGCAGACUCAAACUUAACACAAUGACGUCACUCAACACGGUAGUACAGUGUGACAGAGUAAGAGGUCUACAAGUGAGAGGUUACCAUAGUGAGGAUAGACUGAACAUUGCUACAGCUUACACCAGGGACAUCAUACCGGUUGAACGAGCGUCAAUUCCGACGAGUAGAACUGCAAAGGAAUGGUCUCACCUUGCUACCAUUGCCGAGGAGAUUCCUCCACUUCAGAACUGCGAGGUGGGGAUGCUUAUUGGUUACGACUGUCCACUUGCGGUAGCAGCGACAAGUUGCAUCACUGGAACAGAAGAGCAACCUUGCGGCUUGAAAACAAUUCUGGGGUGGAGUAUUGUCGGUCCAGGCCCACCAAAUGCAGCCCAAGACGUCACAGGGUAUUGUCAUCGAGUUUCAGUAAAGGUCAUUCCUGCAGUCUCACCAAGUGCUGUUAUCAAAGUGUUGGAGUCAGAUUUCAGUGACAGCACUACCGGAGAUAAGGUUGUGUCUCAGGAAGACCUGCGAUUUCUCGAAAUCAUGGACGAAGGAAUACACCGCAGGGAAGACGGUCAUUAUGAGAUGCCCCUCCCAUUUAAAUCACAUCGGCCCGCACUGCCAGACAACAAGAGAGUAGCCGCUGUCAGACUAAAUCAUCUUAAGCGCAAACUUAUUGGGAAUUCAAAGUACCUAGAGGACUACAAGAGUUUCAUGGACGGUAUCAUUGAGAGAGGUGACGCAGAGUUAGUCUGCAAGGAUGGUGUCGAGGGUGGUCGAUGGUACAUCCCGCAUCAUGGUGUGUACAAUCCCAACAAACCAGGGAAGAUCAGGGUAGUUUUUGACUGCUCGGCCAAAUAUCAGGGAGAGUCUCUCAACGACCAUUUGCUUACAGGCCCUGACCUUAUCAAUGGCCUGGUUGGAGUGCUCAGCAGGUUCCGAAAGUUCCCAGUAGCACUUAUGUGCGACGUGGAAAAAAUGUUUCACCAGUUUCACGUUGACAACGCAGACAGAGACUACCUCCGAUUCUUAUGGUGGGAGAACGGGGACAUCAACAGUGAGCCUCGUGAGUACAGGAUGACAGUGCAUCUGUUUGGGGCAGCAUCGUCGCCAGGCUGUGCCAACUACGGGCUGAAACAUAUCGCCGAGAAGCAUGGUAAAGAGUUUGCAGAGGCUUCAAGAUUUAUCCUUCGCAACUUUUAUGUAGACGACGGUCUUGGCAGCGUUCAGUCUAGCGCCAAGGCUAUCCAGUUGGUUCGAGACACUCGAGAAAUCUGCAGUACAGGGGGCCUACGACUCCACAAGUUCCUUUCGAACAGUCGAGAAGUAUUGGAAUCAAUCCCGGAAAGUGAACGAGUUGCAGGAGUGAAGGAUGUUGAUUUAAACCAACAAGAGCUUCCAGUGGAUAGGUGCUUAGGCAUUCAGUGGCAUGUAGAAUCGGACUGUUUCAAGUUUCAGAUCGAGGCACGCAACCAGCCAUUGACUCGAAGAGGGGUUUUGUCUACUAUCGCAUCCAUCUACGAUCCACUGGGAUUUAUUGCUCCGUUUGUUCUCGUGGGCAAGAGCAUUCUUCAAGGAAAUGUGCCGGAAGGGUGUAGGCUGGGAUGAACCAUUGCCGGAUGAGCUUUGUCCACGGUGGGAGAAGUGGCGAGACGACUUCAAGACCUUGGAAAGCAUUCGCGUUCAGCGUUGCUUUGUGCCUCCUGAAUUCGGUAAGGUCAUGCGAGCAGAGUUGCAUCAUUUCUCAGAUGCUAGUACCCAUGGGUAUGGACAGUGUUCCUACCUCAGAUUAGUGAGUGAAAGUCAGGUUCACUGCUCACUUGUCACAGGCAAAGCGAGGGUAGCACCAGUGAAACUUACCACAAUCCCAAGGCUGGAGCUCACCGCUGCUGUUAUUUCAGUCAAGAUGAGUGCUUUUCUAAAAGAGCAACUGGACUACGAAAUUGACGAGGAGCAUUUCUGGACGGACUCUAAAGUCGUUCUGGGCUACAUCAACAACGAAGCACGGCGUUUUCACGUAUUCGUAGCAAAUAGAGUCCAGAGAAUUCGACAGAACUCUAGUACGGAACAGUGGCAUUAUGUUGAAACCGGCAGAAAUCCUGCUGAUCAUGCCUCUCGAGGUCUCACUGCUUGCCAGCUGACGCCGUCCAACUGGUUCACAGGACCAAAAUUUCUCUGGGAAAGAGAGAUUUCUAUCAAAGACGAUCCAGUCUCGGAGCUUAAACUUGGAGACCCAGAAGUUCGGAGUGGAAACGUGCUCACAAC